UACAAACAGCAGUAGCUUGCUUUCAACAACCCUACAAACAACCACCCUCAUUCAUUCCUGAUUCUGAUUGGAAUAUAGAAACAAAGUCGUCUUAUGGUGUAUACAAUUAAAAACGAAAAAGUCGUCCUCGUCGCGAGUUGGUCUCAUUAAAACGGAGUUUGUGUGUGGUGCUGCUGCAAGUUGUGUUUUUGUGUGUGCCGAUGGAUUUCUCUGUCUAAUUCGGGGUUUGCUUUUGUUUGUACGAUACAUUGACGUUCUGGUUGGUGGUCGGUUGUUGGUUUGGGAUCCCCAACACACAUCGUCGGUCGGGUCGUUGAUGAUUUUUAGUAGAGAAAAAUCAAUUAUCUGCGAGAAUUACUUUUAACUUUAAUUGCAAACGAGAAAGUCGUGUCACCGUAGUCGUCGCCAGCGUCAGCGUUAUUGUCAUCGUCGUCAUCAUCAUCAUCGUAAAUCCCGUGUGGUGUUGUACGAGGUGUCUUCUUGUUCAUUGUUGUCUGGAAUAUUCUGAGGUUACUACCACUUUAAUUAACGGAAGAGGAGCUAACCAACUAAAGGCCUGGACAUGAGUGAUGGCACUCAGGGCAAUUGUUUUGUGGCCAUGCCACCAAACACGGCGGCGGAUACGGUCAUCAUAGGACGUAAUUCGGAAAAUGAAAAACUUGUGGGUGUGGCUCAGGAGGUGGCCUACUAUGAGCCCAACGAAUCUCUGGAGGGGAAGAAACAUUUGCUGGUGAGCGACUGCACCCCUUUGCGAGUGGUCUUGCAAAAACCCGUACCCGGUAUAUGGGGCGGUGAUUGUGGCUCCAAUGAGCGAAGUGUUAGCAUUGCCAUAACCUGGGCUAAUGAAAUCAAGGGUGAUGUGUCUGUCUACGAUGUGAUCCGUUUGGCUUUGGGCUCCUCGGAAACCGCAGACGAUGCCUUCGAUUGCAUUCUGGAGCUGGUGACACGUUACGGCGAUGAUGAUGCCAAGUUCAGCUUGAUUGUGGGCGACCCCACCAAGGUUUGGAUAAUAAGCUGUGCUGGUAAAAAUUGGGCCGGCCAGCAGAUUAUGAAAGGUGUUCACCAUUUGCCCAAUGAUGGUUUGGCUGUUACCAAGAACUUUGAUAAAUCCAAUGAGGAUUUGGGUGAAACUUUGCGCAAGAAAGCCCGCUGGGAUGGAGAGGGAGAGAUCGAUUUUGCUGCUGCCUUUGAUUGUUCGCCAACGGCCUCCACGGAAUGGGUAGAUGACAAACCCCCUGACGAUGGCUCAUUUAAGCUGACCAAUAUGUUCGAGACGCUGAGGUCAGCUGCUAAGGAGGAAACGUCUCGUUCGGCAACGGUCUUUGUACUCUCGAAAAAUGGCAUCUCUUCGCAUUGGUUCACGGCUACACCAAAUACCAGUGAGUCUGUCUUCAAGCCUUUUGUUUUUGCUCCCAAGCCCAAGAUAUCGCCCCUGACUAAGGCUCCGCCUGAAGGGGGCGAAAUAACUUUGCUGCAUAAACUACAUGGUCAACGAAAGGUAACGGCAUUGGAACAUCUAAAGGCAUUGGAAGCGGCUUGUGUGGAAGAGGUUUCGGCAUAUUUGGCCGAACAUCCUACGGUCAAUGAGGAAUUGGAUGAAUUGAUGAAAGAUUGUGUGGAGGCUGAAGUAAAAUUCUAUCGUUAGAGUUUUUAUUUCCGGCAAAAGUCAAACACACAAUUUGUUGACGACAUCUGGCUAAGAAUAUAAGGCUUAUGAUUGAAGAUUUAAUGUAAGGAACUUGAGAAUUUCGAUUUAUGGGGUUAUAAAGACAAAAAGCCUAGUAAAAAAGUUGUAUGGUCGAAAAAAAAACUACAAUUCAAAAUCAAAUUUUAUCUUUAAAGAAGAUAUUAAUUGAUUUUUUUGAAAAAAUUUUAUUCCAACUUUUUUACUGGCAACUGCAACAAACGUCUAAGGCUUAUGAUUAUUGCUUUCCAUGGUUUAUGAUUUGUCUGCCUAUGAGAUAAAGGAUUUUUUGGCUAAACGACCUAAGGCUUUAACGAUUACCAGGACUAUGUUUAACGAUUUUUUUCUAUGGGGAAUGUAACAUAUUUGAGGGAAAUCUUUAAAACAGAUUUUCAUCGCCAAGCAAAAACAAAACAAAAAAAUGAUUUUAAAAUCAAAAAAUUUAAGAAAAUUGAAAAACAAAAAAAAAAUUAAACAAAAAUGAUGAUGAUAUUACGAAACAAUUUCGUAAACUUAAAACUCGCAUAAAAAAUAACUCAAAACCUCGCUUCAUAAUUUUUGAAUUAUGACAUAUAAUACAAAAAACAAACACACAAACAUUUAGUUAAGUAAGUCAAAAAAUUAAAAAAGAAAAAAACAAAAACUGUAAAAAGAACUGCUUUAAGUUCUUUUUUUAUAAAAAAAAUAUAUAAACGGACUCUACUAUUAGUUUGGGUUUUGUUUUGUAUGGUUUUAGGGUUUUUUUCCUUUUCCUUCAUUUAAAGCUUUUCAUUGUUGAAUCGUGCAGACCACUUUCUUUCAAAUGCCAUCUUGACCAAGUGGGAUUCAAUGAGGUAGAAGUUUAAAUGAAAAUUUUGGGGAAAAUCUUAAGACUUUUAAAAAACAAAACAAAACUUUUUUUUUAUAAUUUCAAGGCCAUAGAUGAAAUAUCAAAUUAUUCCUGAUCAGUCUAAAUUGUGUUUCAGCUAAUGGUAUUUUUUACGACCCAGCUAUGACACAAUUGGUUAAUUGUACCAAUUGCUUAAACCGGACUUACAGUUUCGACGCCCCAUUUAAUUAUAUAUGACAAAAAACAAAAUGAAAAAAUUAAUAAAAAAAAAACGUAAUUCCUUUUCAACAAGGAUUUAUACUAAAAAUGUCCAUACAACUUGAAGGACUUAACCAAGAACAUGAACACCACAAAGUUUCAAGGCUUUUAUUGCUAGAGCCUGGAACUUUGUUUCUUACUAAAAACCACUUUUCAUUGAGACGAAAAGUUACUGUCAACUGACAGACACGAUUUUCACAAACUAGAAAAUGAACAAAAAAUAAAAAUUCAAAAAAAAAUCAAAAAAAAGAGAACAUAUAAAAGCAAGAAGCAAACAUCGUUUCUACAAACACAAACAAACAAAACAUGCAUACAUAUAAUGUUUAUUAUUAUUAUUAUUAUUUAAAAAAUAAAAAAAGUGAAAAAAAAAACAUUAAACAAAAAAUGAAGUGGAAUUCACCGACAAUUCAAUGUCAAUCCACAUGUUCCUAUUUACACUAACAAAAUUAUUUAAUAAUUAUAAAAAAUUAUUAUUAUAAUAUUAAAACGAUUUGAUUAGUCUCUUAUAAUAUUAAAGAUAAACGUAAAAGUAAAGGAAAAAAGAAAACAAAAACAAAAAUCAUAUUAUAUAUAUAUAUACAAUAUUAUUAGUAUUUUAGAAAUUUUGUGGUAUAAGCACAAGAAAGGAUCCUUUUGACAUAAGGGUUAUCGUAUAUCAAAUCAUUCCAUGAAAUCAAGAUCAGAGACAGCAAGCAGAUAUAAAAAACAACAUAGACAGACAGAUAUAUAACAUAAAUUAUGAUAUAUAAAUAUAUAUAUACACUAAUAUAGCAAACCCUUAAGUACCGUUACAACAUAAAAACAAGCUGAGACAAAACAGCUUAAACAUAAACCCUCCCCCCCUCCCUCAAAACCAAUCCGUACAUUAUAUAUAUAUGAUUCUUAUUACAACACUACAUACUACGAUACAUACUUUAAAGAUGAAGAAAACAAAAAAAAAGACAAAAAAAAACAAAAAAAAUUAGCCAUUAAGUGAUUUACGAUAACGAAACAAAAGUGAAACCCAAAACCCCUGCAAAUCAACUCCAGACAGUUAAAAAGGUGGUCUUUCUGUUUUUUGAUUCCCAAAGUAAGUCAAGGCCCAUAUAAAGGUUUUAAGGCUUCUUAGCCAACAUCUUAAGAAACCCCCUGCUUAAGCGAUACAUAGCAGGGAGAGUCUUAAAACCCAGUUGCCCAACUUAACAAAGAAAACAAAAACAAAAAAGACAAAGCCAAAAAAACUGUAAAGAGAAGAUUAAAAAAAGAAAAAAAACCAACAAACACUAGUUUUAAGCAAAACAAAAAAAACACAUAAUCUGUUGUAAAAACAAAACGCAAUCAUUAACCAUUUGUAAAAGCAAAAAAGCUAAUACAACAUCUUUAGCCUGGUAAUGAAAAUCCCCCCCUAAAAAGCAGAACACGAGGUAGAUAUAUAUAUAUGCCCAAAAGGGGGCGACAUUACUUGUUCAGCAAUAGCCUAAACAACAUCACCAUCUAGGCAUUUUGCUAAAGCUUUUAUUGUGGUUCAAUGAUUGAAAAAAAAAGUUGACAAAGGAUUUUAGUGGCAAGAAAAACAACAGAAAAAAUCAAGUUUAACAUCUUGAGCUUGAAAACAAACACAAAAAAACACAAACACACACAUAGGCUGCUUUUCAUACUUUGAAGACAGUCUAAAAAACAAACA